AUCCACCUCAGUUUUUUUACAUAAGCAGAAGUUUCACUCGCCUCUCGUUUUUUAACAAAAUAACCAAAAGUCUUAAGCAGAAGUCUCAAUCACGACUAACACAAGUUGAGGUUAUUUUUUAUACAUAAAUGAACGAAGAAGUCCCAUCCUUCUUUAACUUCUUCACCAGUCGCAGUUUCAGAAAGGCAUUUUUUUUCAAAACCAGCUCAAUCAGUUGUUAAUGCUGUUAGUUAUUUUAUUUAUUUUUAUUUAGAUGGUUUUCCGUUUCAGGACAUAACCUGAUGAAAAAAUAUUCCUCAAAUUCAUUUCGUCCAUGGCAACCGUUCUCCAACUUCUCGGGCAUCCCACAUACUUAACAGCAACUGUUGAUUAAACCAGAAGUCCCAAUCUGCUGUACCUGAGCAUUGUUGCAGGUCUCUUUACAAAAUGUUAUCUGAAAGGUCAAAUUGUAAUGGAGGAAAUUCGUGAUUCUUCCCAUAUCCACUCAUUUAUCGAUCGUUCAGCGCUAAGACGAUUAAAAGUUAUGGAAUCACUCCUUGCUAAAAUUACGGAAUGCAAUUCCCAGAAUGAAGCGAUUUCGAUGUAUUGACAAGUGCAAUUGCAUUGCGAUUUUUCAGCUAUCAAUCUUUCUAGCGGCCCGAACGUGCUCUAGCUGAUAAUGAUGUUAUCUAGAUGUUAUGAUAAGAAUUAGACAGAGCUAGAAAAGGCUCUCUUCAUCAUUUGUUCAGUUUCAAAUACGAUACCGAAGAAACUCGUCGGCGCGGCUAGCAUUUAGGAGCGAUUUAGGCACCUUUUUUUCCGGAGAAAUAUGAGCAAUAUGGAGCACAACAAUCUGCCCGAUUGGAAUACAAACGAAACCUACCGACCGGUACCCCAAAUGGAACUGGCAGAGGAUACCAAGAACCCACAAGAUGCUGAAAAGAAAUUACCUCACAGAAUACGAAAUGGAUCAAGUAAUAUGUUCAGUCAAAGCAUUUUUGACCUUACCUUGAUCACGAUCAAUAUUUGUCAAAUUUGUUACAUUCUGAAGGUGGGUCCUGAACUGGGAAUACUGUAUUACAUAAUGCUCGGACUGUUGGGCGUUUCUCUUUUCUUGCUGUGUAUCCAUGGAUUCAUGGGACUGUUCGGAAGACUUCGCUGUAGCUCGCCACUGUCCGACAGCUGUUUCAAUUGUCUGUACAAUACUUCGCUGUUCAUGGUUGUUCUGGUAUAUCUCGUUAAUUUGAUCUUCAACGUGCUUAGUUUGAAAGAAACCGAAGAAAAAUGUCAAAUUAUUGUGAACAAUAUCAGAAAUCGAUCUGUUACAUAAAUUUAAGAUACACAAAACGCGUCUAAUUGAAGUUCAAA